UUUUAUGUUCAUAUUUAUACUUCUAACUGUAACGUAAUAUUAAAUACAAAGAGGACUGCUAAAUAUUAAUAAAAAUAAAGCUUAUAUUGCUUUCUUGAUGGUCAUUAUUUCAGUCCAAAAUUAGGAAAAAAAUCUUUUUGGGUGAAUAAUUUCCAAAAGUAUAGUUGCAUUUUGCCAGAGAGGCACUCACACAAAGAUAUUCGAUAAGAUAAGCUUUUUUUCUCAUCAAAAAUAUACACCGAAGGUCUUGCAGAGAUUGAAUAAAAUAAAAUCAAUUUGCUGCAGCCGCCAGAGCUUUAGUUUUGAGAGAUGUCUAAUUCAUGUUCAGGUGGUGGUGGGUGUAGUAUUGUAUGGUUUAGAAGAGAUCUAAGAGUUGAAGAUAAUCCAGCUUUAGCUGCAGCUGUAAGAGCUGGACCUGUAAUUGCUGUGUUUGUAUGGGCACCGGAGGAAGAAGGACACUAUCAGCCUGGUAGGGUUUCAAGGUGGUGGCUCAAGAACAGUUUGGCUCAGCUUGAUUCUUCUCUUAGAAGCCUUGGUACUUGUCUCAUCACCAAGAGAUCUACUGAUAGUGUUGCUUCUCUUCUUGAAGUUGUUAAAUCCACUGGUGCUUCUCAGAUCUUCUUCAACCAUUUGUAUGAUCCCUUAUCCUUGGUCCGUGAUCAUCGUGCCAAGGACGCUCUGACAGCGGAAGGAAUAGCAGUUAAAUCAUUCAACGCAGAUUUGCUUUACGAGCCAUGGGAAGUGACUGAUGAAUUAGGCCGUCCUUUCUCAAUGUUUGCUGCCUUUUGGGAAAGAUGCCUAGGCAUGCCUUAUGACCCUGAGUCUCCUCUUCUCCCACCCAAGAAGAUCAUUUCUGGUGAUGUGUCCAAGUGUGUUGCGGAUACAUUAAUCUUCGAAGAUGAAUCAGAGAAAGGAAGCAAUGCACUUCUAGCUCGUGCCUGGUCCCCGGGUUGGAGUAAUGCUGAUAAGGCUCUCACAACCUUCAUAAACGGACCAUUGAUUGAAUACUCUAAGAACCGCAGAAAAGCUGAUAGUGUCACAACCUCGUUCCUUUCUCCACACUUGCAUUUUGGGGAAGUGAGUGUGAGAAAAGUUUUCCAUCUUCUUCGGAUCAAACAGGUUGCAUGGGCAAACGAAGGAAACCAAGCCGGGGAAGAAAGCGUGAAUCUUUUCCUCAAAUCUAUUGGUCUCAGGGAAUACUCUAGAUACAUAAGCUUCAACCAUCCCUACUCUCAUGAAAGACCACUUCUUGGCCAUCUUAAGUUCUUCCCUUGGGCUGUGGAUGAGAACUAUUUCAAGGCGUGGAGGCAAGGCCGGACCGGAUAUCCCCUAGUUGAUGCUGGGAUGAGAGAGUUAUGGGCCACUGGUUGGUUGCACGACCGCAUAAGAGUAGUUGUUUCAAGCUUCUUUGUUAAAGUGCUUCAAUUGCCAUGGAGAUGGGGGAUGAAGUAUUUCUGGGACACACUUCUUGAUGCAGAUUUAGAAAGUGAUGCUCUUGGUUGGCAAUACAUUACCGGUACUCUCCCGGAUAGCCGGGAGUUUGAUCGCAUAGAUAACCCUCAGUUUGAAGGAUACAAGUUUGAUCCAAACGGUGAAUACGUAAGGAGAUGGCUUCCAGAGCUUUCAAGACUCCCCACAGAGUGGAUACAUCAUCCAUGGAACGCACCUGAAUCGGUGCUUCAAGCUGCUGGCAUUGAGCUUGGGUCAAACUAUCCUCGACCAAUUGUUGGAUUAGAUGAAGCAAAAGCACGGCUUCAUGAAGCACUUUCACAGAUGUGGCAACUAGAAGCUGUCUCAAGAGCUGCAAUAGAGAACGGAUCCGAAGAAGGACUCGGAGAUUCUGCUGAGUUUGAGGAAGCUCCUAUCGAAUUCCCUAGAGACAUCACAAUGGAAGAGACUGAACCAACCAGACUGAACCCAGUCAGGAGAUAUGAGGAUCAAAUGGUUCCUAGCAUUACUGCUUCUUUGAUCAGACCUGAAGAAGACGAAGAGUCGUCUCUGAAUGUCAGAAAUUCAGUAGGAGAUAGCAGAGCAGAGGUUCCGAGGAACAUGGUCAACACCAACCAAGCUCAGCAGCAGGCAAGAGCAGAACCGGUUUCAAACCAAGUCACUGCUAUGAUUCCAGAAUUCAAUAUUAGAAUUGUUGCAGAAAACACUGAAGUGUCGACAGCAGAAUCUUCCAGCAGCGGAAGAAGAGAGAGGGACGGAGGCAUAGUCCCCGAGUGGUCAGGGUACUCGGAACAAUUUGGUAGUGAAGAGAAUGGGAUUGGAGGAGGAAGUACAACAUCUAGCUACUUGCAGAACCACCAUGAAAUAGUUAACUGGAGACGGCUUUCACAAACCGGGUAUGUAACUUUCAAAUCUCACUUUUGUAUAAUGUUUCGAAUCAUCAUGAAUGUCUUUCAUAUUUUCAAUGAAGUGAUGUUUAUUUUUUGUUUUUUUUUUGGUCGAACGGAGUGAUGUUAUACGUUCGAUAUUCCUAUAUUAUCAAGUAACCUGAUAUGUGACAUGUUUUUGCCCUUGGUAAAACUUGUUAAACCAAGUAAAAUCGAUUUUAAUGUCGAAAAAAACUUGAUGUGGUCUGUCUGACUUUACAGGUAACAAGACACAACUGAAGGUGCACAAGGAGAGGAACUUCAUAAGGGCGGUACUCCUGUUAAACGUGGGUGGACUUGUAAACCGAGUGUACAUUUGUUAUGUUAAUGUAUUUCCGGUUAUGGAGCUGGAGUGAAACUUUGUAGGAGCUUAUCUGAUGUACAUUUUGUUAUGUAUCGGGUUUCAUCUUGUAAUAAAAUACUGUAUAGUAUCUCGAUUGUGGUAAUAGAUCAAAUCUCAUAUUUGUUGGCUUUCAAGUUUUGGUUAUAGUCAAAAACUCCUGCCAAUUCAUAAUCUUUUAAAACAUCUAGUAUUGUUUAUUUAUGAUUAACUAAUAGUUUGUAAGUGUACGUAGAACAUUUCUCUUUCAGUAUAUAUAUAUAAUCAGUUAUUG